UGGAGUGAUCAGGGGACAAGCUGUGAGGCCCAGGCAGGGCCUGGGGCGGGAAAAUGGCAGGUGGGGGCGGUGACCUCAACGCCAGGAUGUCUGCAGAAGACCAGAACGUAGAGGAGAGGGUUAUCUAUGAGACUAUAUUCAAUCACUUCAAAAGAAAUAAGGUGGAGAUUUCGAAUGCAAUAAAAAAGACAUUUCCUUUUCUUGAGGGGCUCCGUGACCGUGAACUCAUCACAAAUAAAAUGUUUGAAGAUUCUCAAGAUUCUUGUAGAAACCUGGUCCCUGUACAAAGAGUGGUCUACAAUGUUCUCAGUGAACUGGAGAAGACAUUUAACCUGACAAUUCUGGAAGCAUUGUUCAGCGAGGUCAACAUGCAGGAAUACCCUGAUUUAAUUCAAGUUUAUAAAAGCUUCGAAAAUGCAAUUCAAGACAAAUUGUACCCCCACGAAAGUGAUGACGAAGAGAGAGAGGGGAGGUCUGACAUCCACCUAAGCCUUGAACAAGGAUCUGUUGAAAACUCUUUACCAAGCCUGACCUGGUCACAAUCAGAUCCCUCGUCCUAUGCUGGUACAACCCCAGCUGAAAAUGGACCCUCGGAGAGCCUCUGUGAGACAGAACAGAUAAAGGCAAAGCGGAAAGAUACAACCAGUGACAAAAAUGAUGCACUAGGAAGCCAACAAGCAAGUAGACAAUGUGCCCAAGAGUCUGAGCCAGCAGAAAUCCGCGAACAGGUAGCUGUCCAAGUGAAUAAUGGAGAUGCAAGAAGUGAGACGCCCAGCCCACUGCCCUGUGCUGAAAAAAGGGCAGAGCUACCCAGCCACGGAGUCCAAAUAAAUUCUUGUUCUGUGCUUCUGGUGGAUAUAAAGAAGGAACCACCAACUUUGUACCCAGCUGAGCAGCAAGCCCAAGCAGGGGUUAAACACAACCAAGCAUCUGACAUAAUAGUCAUCAGCAGUGAGGACUCUGAAGGACCCAGUGACGGAGAAGAGCCCCCCAAAGCCUCCACCUCAGCACUGCCAAGUGAGCCUGUGAUCAAUAACUAUGACUCUUGGCAAUCAAGUGAGGGAGAAGAGGACCUAGAAGAUACUUACAUACUACCCCAGACUGCAUCAGGGAUGAGAUAUAAGGAGGAAUCUUCAGAAUCCACGGACAGUGAGUUGAUCCCAGGACCCUGCAACUCAGCACUGAGAAGUAAGCAUGAUCCUGUGGAUAUUCGGGGCACGCAAAAUAGGAAAAGACGGUUCAGCAGUGAUUCUUUUCCAGAGCUGAAUAACGAAGAAGAGCCUCAGGAAACCUCGAGCUCAGCCCUAAGAAGAGGGUCAGGAGCAAAGCUACAAGAACCUGAAAAUGAGAAGUGUACCUGUGUCAUGUGUUUUCCAAAAGGUGUGCCAGGAGGCCAGGAAGCAAGGACUGAAAGUAGCCAAGCAUCUGACAUGAUGGUUACCAUGGAUGUUGGAAACAAUCCUACUUUGGGAAAACACAGUAAGAAAAGAAGUAAGAGUCCAAGAAUUCCCAGAGAUAGAAAUAUUAACUUUCAAAGUCCUGAACUUCCCGUGACCUGUGGUAAGGCGAAGGGGACUCUGUACAAGGAUAAAUUGAAACAAGGAGCCUCGGAGAACUGUGUACAGAGUGAGGAUGGAAGGUGGUUCACCCCCAGGAAAUUUGAAAUUGAAGGAGGCUACGCAGCUUCCAGGAACUGGAAGCUGAGCCUUCGCUGCGGAGGGCAUUCCCUGAAGCACCUGAUGGAGAGGGGAUUUUUACCGUGCCCACCAAGAACGAGAAAACAGCGGAAAACACUGAAGCCGCGCAACAGAACCUUAGCUGAACCUUGUCCGGAAAACUCAAAUGUAUGUGAGGUGUGCAGGAUGUGGGGACGGCUGUUCUGCUGCGAUACUUGUCCAAGAUCCUUUCAUGAGAACUGCCACAUCCCAUCCGUGGAAACUGAGAGGAAUCCAUGGAGUUGCACCUUCUGCAUGACAAAGUCUAUCCAGGAAACGUGCCCAAAGAGCCAACCAUGUCAUCAGGAAUCCGAGGUCCUGAUGAGGGAGAUGCUGCCUGCGGAACAGUUGAAAUGUGAGUUGCUCCUCUUGAAGGUCUAUUGCUGUCCCAAAAGCUCCUUUUUUGUCUCAGAACCAUCUUAUAGUAGAGAGGGGUCUCAGGGACCACAGGAGCCCAUGUGGUUAGACAAAAUCAAGAAAAGGCUGAAUGAGAAGGUGUACCCCCAAGUGGAGGGGUUUGUGCGGGACAUGCGCCUCAUCUUUCAGAACCACCGGAUGGUUUACAGGGGCAAUAAAUGCAUCAGUCUGGGACUUCAACUAGAGGACAUCUUUGAGAAGGAUUUCAAAAACAUUUUUGCAGUUCAGGAAACAAGCAAGACCAGUUCUCAGUUUGGACACAUUGUUAUGCUAAUGUAGCCCAGUCCUAUUUCCCCCUUCAGGCCUUCAGGGUGCCACCUAGCUACCAGGGUGCCACCUAGUUACCAGGGUGCCAACGUCCCACUAAUAUGCCUAUUCCUGUGCAAACAACAUACAGUAUCACGCUUUUUUUCCCCACGUUUU